AUGGGAGCAGACUCAGCAGCAGAUAGCAGACACUAUGAUGCUCUUUGCGACUACUUUAUUCAGAAGCAAAGGCUGGGGCUGCGGGAAGGCAGCAGCGCAGCAGUCUACAUGGUGCCCCCCAACCCCAACUGCCCGACGCCAAUUUUAUGUACGCAUUUGUCAUCUCCAAGUCUCGAGACACAAGAGGCGACGCGCAUUACUAGGCAGCACACAGAGAUGCUCCCCACCGCAGCCGCAGCAGCUGCAGCAGCAGCAGCAGCUGCAGCAGCUGCAGCAGAAGCUGCAGUAGCAGCAGCUGCAGCAGCAGCAGCUGCAGCAGAAGCUGCAGCAGUAGCAGCAGCAGCAGCUGCAGCAGCAGCAGCUGCAGCAGAAGCUGCAGCAGUAGCAGCAGCUGCAGCAGAAGCUGCAGCAGCAGCAGCAGCAGAAGCUGCAGCAGCAGCAGCUGCUGCAGCAGCUGCAGCAGAAGCUGCAGCAGAAGCUGCAGUAGAAGCUGCAGCAGAAGCUGAAGCAGAAGGUGCAGCGGGAACUGCUGCAAAGCAGCAGCUGCUGUUUAGCGUGGGGGCCUUGACAGGCCCGACUGGCCGCCGACUCCCCCACGUUGGAUGUCUCUACAGGCAGCAGCAGCUCCAGCAGUUGCUGCUGCAGCUGCUGCUGCUGCAGCUGCUGCAGCUGCUGCAGCUGCGGCUGCAGCUGCUGCUGCAGCUGUGGCUGCGUGAGAAGAUUUUGUUGGCAGUGCCCUUUUGGGGCUAUGAAUGCAUGGCCUGGCGUCGGGGUGUACGUACACCCCGGAACCCGGGUAGGUAUAAGGGGAGCAGCAGCAGCAGAAGGGAGCAAGCAGGGCCCGAGCGGCACACGGAAGCAGCAGACACACGCAGCAGCAGCACACGCUCCAGGCUGCACAGCUGGCAGCAGCAGCAGCAGCAGCAGCAGCGGGUAGUAGCGGCAGCAGCAGCAAAUUUGGCAGAGGCUGCAGGGGGCAAGGCAGAGAGGGCGAGACAGGGUAGAAGGCGCUCAAGCAGCAGCAACUGCAGCAACCGCAGCAGCGGCUGCAGCAGGGGCGGCAGCAGCAGGGGCAGCGGCAAGGAGCAGCGGAAGGGCCGCAGCAGACAAACGCCUUCAAGCAGCCGAAAGAAGAGAAGCAGGGCAGCAGCAGCAGCAGCUGCUGCUGCAGCAGCAGCUGCGGGCUUUGGGCACAGAGCCUUGGGCAUUUAG